GGCAGUAAAGCGCAUGCGCACACCGGAUCAGAAUGUUGAGCAAAACGGACUAGAGCAGAAACGGAAAGACGCGCAAGAAAUUGCAAACCAUUUUUCUCCUUAGUGAAGUGAACGACUGUCGACUUAGAAUAUAACGUAUAAAACAUGACGGAGCCCCAGUCAGCACUGUUACUCAGGAGACAGCUAGCAGAACUGAAUAAAAAUCCCGUGGAAGGUUUUUCAGCUGGUUUAAUAGAUGAUAAUGAUCUCUACAGAUGGGAAGUGCUAAUAAUUGGUCCUCCUGAUACACUCUUUGAGGGUGGUGUCUUUAAAGCUCAUCUUACGUUUCCCAAAGACUAUCCUCUCAGGCCUCCUAAAAUGAAGUUCAUAACGGAAAUAUGGCAUCCAAACGUUGACAAGAACGGCGAUGUUUGUAUUUCAAUAUUACACGAACCAGGGGAGGAUAAAUACGGCUAUGAGAAACCAGAGGAACGCUGGCUCCCCAUCCACACUGUAGAGACCAUCAUGAUUAGCGUCAUCUCUAUGCUAGCAGACCCUAAUGGAGACUCUCCUGCAAAUGUUGAUGCAGCAAAAGAGUGGAGGGAAGACAGACAUGGUGAAUUCAAAAGAAAAGUUGCCCGCUGUGUAAGAAAGAGCCAAGAGACAGCCUUUGAGUGAUAUUCAUCCAGCAGCUUGUAGCUUCACUAUUUUCAGGGUCUCCAGUUGAGAAACAACAUGGCACUGUUUUCUUGCACUCUACCACCCUAUUGCUGGACUGGUUUUCAUCGAAUGUUGGCAGUAACAGGCUGGCAUUAAUAGGCUGCAGUACAUAAGACCAUCACAGAUGCUGACAGAACACGCCAUGCAAGUGCCAACAAAAAAGAGAAAAAAACUUUCAAAUGAUUAUGCUUUUUCCAAGUCAAUGAACUGAUACAACCUUCAGGAAGAAAUUGUAAAGACCUGUACAUAGCACAGACAUAAAAACCGGAUAAUAUAUAAUAACUGUUUCUAUCCAUCCAGCGCGAGUUAGUACCAAAUAAAAUAGCAGAUCUGUAGUUAGUUUGACACCCUAUAAAGAGUAUAGAUCUUCUUUCAUCCCCCCCUUCAUAUCCUACAAGCGCAGCGGGUCUGUUACAGCUGUGAGUGGCCUCACAUACUCACCUGUCGGUUUGAACAAAAACUUUUUUUUUCACUCAAACUUGAUCCAGUUUUAGGCAGCGGUGAGCGAUCAUUUUUAAAUCAUGAAGCAUGCUCGUCAUGUUGGACAGCUUUCUCACUUGGGACACUUCAGGUAUAGCUGUAAAGCAUGGUCAUUUUCUAAUUGAUUAGGAAUCAUGAAGGUAUUUCUCUGAAUUGGUUUUUAAACGGGUUGGGGGCGGGUAGCGCUCUUGCUUUAGAUAAAAGAGCGCUCUGAUAUAGAGGACGACUGCAUUCUGAGUGUCAGGCUCUGGUUUUUUGUUUUCCUGUUAUAUUUGGAGUGGAGAGGCAGUGGCAAGGAAACCCAUCAGAUGUGAUUUUGUUUUGCAUGAUUUGUUCUUUUUUGUUUUCAAAAGUGCCUCCAAUUGUAUUGCUUGGCUGAUUUCAUGGCCUGCAUCAAACAGGAGCUAAAGGGAGGAACUUGUCAGCAUCCUCUGAAGCUUGUGUGAUUAUAUAAGUUUUUCUUCCCAUGACCCUUGUACCAGCAUUUUGAAUUAUUUUUGUGUAGCAAUAACUCUGAUUUUUUUUUUUUUUAGGGCUUGACACUUUAUUGUGUGGUGUCUUUGAUAGUUUUCUUAGCCAUGCUUUAAAUGUAGGUUUCUUGCAAGCAGUUUCCGGGAUUUCCGAGUGUGUUUGUGUAUGGAUGCGUGUGAGCGUGAAUGUCGGAUGGAGGUGUGAGUGCGUGUAUCCCUUUCUCUUUCUUCUACAAUCCUUAAUUAUCUGGUUAAUUUUAUUCCGGCUCUGACAGACUACUGCAGUUCUUUUGCCUAAUGUACAAAGACAAAAUACCGAUGUAUAUUUUUCAUGUUAUGGAAAUUGUCACCUCUAGUGAGUUCUUCUAAAAUAUAAUUUUUUUCCAAUA